AAAGAGGAAAGGGCGAAAGGGAGAAACAGAAGGAAAGGGAAAGUGUGUGGGAUGGAGGGAAAAGGAAAGGGAGUGGGAGAGUGAGUGUAUGAGUGAGGGUGGAGAGAGAGGUGUGGGGAGAGAGGAAGGGGAGAAGAGCGAAGGAGUGAAAGAGAGAAGUUUGAAGAGUAUAGAGAGUAAGAAGUGA